CUUAAGUUUGAGAUCCUUCUGCCUGAGGCUCUGGAGUUCUGAAAUUGCAGUGAAAGUGUCUGAAGCCCAAGUGUCUAGGGCCCCACAGUGCCGUCAGGAUGGUGGGUGAAGGCCCCUACCUUAUCUCAGACCUGGAGCAGCGAGGCCAGCGGAGACCCUUUUCAGAGAGAUAUGAUCCAAGCCUGAAAACCAUGAUCCCAGUUCGACCCAGUGCAAGGUUGGCACCCAACCCGGUGGAUGAUGCUGGGCUACUCUCCUUUGCGACGUUUUCCUGGCUCACACCUAUGAUGAUUCAAAGUUACAAGCACACACUGACUGUGGAUACCCUGCCCCCACCAUCGCCAUAUGACUCAUCUGACAUCAACUCCAAAAGAUUUCAGGUACUUUGGAAUGAAGAACUACAAAGGGUAGGGCCUGAGAGGGCAUCUCUGGGCCGCGUGGUUUGGAAAUUCCAGAGGACUCGUGUUCUGAUGGACGUCGUGGCUAACAUCCUCUGCGUCGUCAUGGCAGCCUUAGGGCCGACAGUUCUCAUUCACCAAAUCCUCCAGCACAUUACCAGCAUCUCCUCUGGACAUGUCGGGGUUGGCAUCAUCCUGUGUGUGGCCCUUUUUUCCACUGAGUUCACCAAAGCCCUCUUUUGGGCCCUUGCCUGGGCCAUAAAUUACCGCACCGCAAUCCGGUUGAAGGUGGCCCUCUCCACACUGGUUUUUGAAAACCUGCUAUCCUUCAAGACAUUGACUCACAUCUCUGCAGGCGAGGUGCUCAAUAUACUAUCAAGUGAUAGCUAUUCCCUCUUUGAAGCUGCCUUGUUUUGUCCCUUGCCAGCCACUGUCCCCAUCCUAAUGGUCGUUUGUGCAGUGUACGCCUUUUUCAUUCUGGGGUCCACAGCUCUUGUUGGGAUAUCUGUGUAUAUCGUGUUCAUUCCAAUCCAGAUGUUUAUGGCCAAACUCAAUUCAGCUUUCCGAAGAUCAGCAAUUUCAGUAACAGACAAGCGAGUUCAGACAAUGAAUGAGUUUCUGACCUGCAUCAAGCUGAUUAAAAUGUACGCCUGGGAGAAAACUUUUACAAACACCAUUCACGAUAUAAGAAAGAGGGAAAGAAAAUUACUGGAAAAAGCUGGAUAUGUCCAAAGUGGAAACUCAGCCCUGGCUCCCAUUGUGUCCACUAUAGCUAUCGUGUCAACGUUUACCUGCCAUAUCGUCCUGAAACGCAAACUCACUGCCCCUGUGGCAUUUAGUGUGAUUGCCAUGUUUAAUGUAAUGAAGUUUUCAAUUGCUAUCUUGCCUUUCUCGGUCAAAGCAGCGGCUGAAGCCAGCAUCUCUCUAAGGCGAAUGAAGAAAAUUCUCAUAGCUAAAAGCCCCCCAUCUUACAUCACCCAACCAGAAGACCCAGACACUGUCUUGCUUUUAGCAAAUGCCACCCUGACAUGGGAGCAAGAAGUCGGCAGGAAAAGUAACUCAUGGAAAGUACAAGACGAGAAAAGAUACUUUUUCAAGAAACAGAGGCCAGAAGUAUACAGUGAGCAAAACCCGUCAGCCCACGGAAUUGCUAGCCCAGAGUGGCAAAGUGGAAGCCCCAAGUCUGUUCUGCACAACAUCAGCUUUGUGGUGAGAAAGGGGAAAGUCUUGGGAAUAUGUGGGAAUGUUGGAAGUGGGAAGAGCUCCCUCAUUUCAGCUCUCCUAGGACAGAUGCAGUUACAGAAAGGGGUUGUGGCUGUCAAUGGACCUUUGGCUUAUGUAUCUCAGCAAGCAUGGAUCUUUCAUGGAAACGUGAGAGAGAACAUAUUAUUUGGAGAGAAGUACAAUCACCAAAGGUAUCAGCACACAGUUCAUGUCUGUGGCCUCCAGAAAGACCUGAGCAGCCUCCCUUAUGGAGACCUGACAGAGAUCGGGGAGCGGGGCAUCAACCUCUCCGGGGGACAGAGGCAGAGGAUCAGCCUGGCCCGUGCUGUGUACGCCAACCGUCAGCUCUACCUUCUGGACGAUCCACUGUCAGCUGUGGAUGCCCAUGUGGGGAAACAUGUCUUUGAAGAGUGCAUUAAGAAGACACUCAAGGGGAAGACCGUUGUCCUGGUGACUCACCAACUACAGUUCCUGGAGUCUUGUGAUGAAGUCAUUUUGUUAGAAGAUGGGAAGAUUAGUGAAAAGGGGACUCACAAGGAGUUAAUGGAAGAGAGAGGGCACUAUGCAAAACUGAUUCAGGACCUCCGAGGGUUGCAAUUCAAGGAUCCGGAGCACGUUUACAAUGUAGCUGUGGGGGAAACCCUGAAGGAGGGUCCUGCUCAGAGAGAUGAAGAUGCUGUCUUGGCUUCAGGAGACGAGAAAGAUGAAAGGAAAGAACCAGAAACAGAUUCAGAACUUGUAGACACAAAAGCUCCUGUGCACCAGCUUGUCCAGACUGAGUCCCCCCGAGAAGGAAUUGUAACCUGGAAAACGUAUCACGCGUAUAUUAAGGCUUCUGGAGGGUACCUGGUCUCUUUUCUGGUGACAUCUCUCUUCUUCCUGAUGAUGGGCAGCUCAGCCUUCAGCACCUGGUGGCUGGGACUCUGGUUAGACAGGAGCUCCCAGGUCAUCUGUGGGUCCCACGGCAAUAAGACCACGUGCAGUGGUGACCAGACUCUGGGAGACACUGAACACCACAUGUACCAGUGGGUGUACGCAGCAAGCAUGGUGUCUGUGCUGGCAUUUGGCAUCAUCAAAGGCUUCACCUUCACCAACGUUACACUGAUGGCAUCCUCCUCACUGCACAACAGAGUAUUUAACAAGAUCGUCAGGAGCCCAAUGAGCUUCUUUGAUACAACCCCCACUGGCAGGCUAAUGAACCGCUUUUCUAAAGAUAUGGAUGAGCUGGACGUGAGGCUGCCGUUUCAUGCUGAGAACUUUUUACAGCAGUUUUUUAUGGUGGCGUUUCUUCUUGUGAUACUGGUUGCUGUGUUUCCUGUUGUCCUUUUGGUCCUGGUUAGCCUUGCUCUCGUCUUCUUCACUCUUUUUUGCAUUUUCCACCGAGGAGUCCAGGAGCUCAAGCAGGUGGAGAACAUCAGUCGGUCACCUUGGUUUUCCCACAUAACCUCCUCCAUGCAGGGUCUGGGGGUCAUCCAUGCCUACAACAAAAAGGAUGAUUGUAUCAGCCGGUUUAAGAUGCUAAACGAUGAGAACUCCAGCCAUCUCCUGUACUUCAACUGUGCUCUCAGGUGGUUUGCUCUGAGAAUGGAUGUCCUCAUGAACAUCGUCACCUUCAUCGUGGCCUUGAUGGUGACCUUGAAGUUUGCCUCAAUCAGUGCUUCCUCUAAAGGCCUGUCAUUGUCUUACAUCAUCCAGCUCAGCGGGCUGCUCCAAGUGUGUGUGCGAACAGGAACAGAGACCCAAGCCAAGUUCAGCUCCGUGGAGCUGCUGAGGGAGUACAUUUCGACCUGUGAUCCUGAACACACUCACCCUUUCAAAGUGGGGACCUGUCCCAAAGACUGGCCAAGCCGUGGGGAGAUAACUUUCAAGGACUAUCGGAUGAGAUACAGAGACAACACCCCCCUCGUUCUUGAUGGGCUGAACUUGAACAUCCAGAGUGGGCAGACAGUUGGGAUUGUAGGAAGAACAGGCUCUGGAAAAUCAUCACUGGGUAUGGCCCUGUUCCGCCUGGUGGAGCCAGCCUCUGGUACGAUUUUCAUCGACGAGGUGGAUAUCUGCACCGUGGGUCUGCAAGACCUCCGAACCAAGCUGACUGUGAUCCCCCAGGAUCCUGUCCUGUUUGUAGGUACAGUAAGAUACAACUUGGAUCCCUUGGGGAGCCACACUGACGAGAUGCUCUGGCAUGUUUUGGAGAGAACAUUCAUGAGAGACACGAUCAUGAAGCUCCCAGAAAAAUUGCAGGCAGAAGUCAUAGAGAAUGGGGAAAACUUCUCAGUAGGGGAGCGCCAGCUGCUUUGCAUGGCCCGGGCACUUCUCCGUAAUUCAAAGAUCAUUCUCCUGGAUGAAGCCACUGCUUCCAUGGACUCCAAGACCGACACCCUUGUUCAGAGCACCAUAAAAGAUGCCUUUAAGAGCUGCACGGUGUUGACCAUCGCCCACCGCCUAAACACAGUUCUGAACUGUGACCUUGUCCUGGUCAUGGAAAAUGGGAAGAUGAUUGAGUUUGACAAGCCUGAAGUCCUUGCUGAGAAGCCUGACUCUGCAUUUGCCAUGUUACUAGCGGCAGAAGUCAGACCGUGAAGGUCCCUAUGGCUGAUUUGAGAGGAGGCUGGAUGUGAGAGAUGAGCAGGAGUCUGCAGUGCAGUCACGCAGCCCUGGCCAUACCCCUCCCACCCGUGGAACACGGGCUGUGUGGUGUGCCCCGUGCUCUGCCCGGCCCAUGCCAGUGCCACCUCACCUCCCUUGGCAGACUCAGAGUUGGUUCUGGAGGGUGAAGAGUGAGAUGAAGCUGGCGGAUUACAAAACUGCCUCUCGCCUCCUAAAACCCCAAGGGUCCCUCAUGUGCCCCCACCAGUAUCACUGCCUGAGAGCAGGAACAUUCUAACUUUCUGUUAAAAAACAGUCAUAGUAAACAAGAUAGGAAAAUGCCUACGGCUAGAGUUUACAAAGGGUUCCUUGCUUUGUUGCCAGACAGGGAAAGGGCAGGUUUUCUUCCUGUUUAAAUUCGAUUUACCUUUACCGAUGUGACAAGCAGUAACUACACAGAUCUACAGCAUGAAAGACAGAUAGUGUUUGGCAUGAGAUUUAAAAAGAAAUCAUAUUGUGUGUUGCUGUUGAUCUGUUAAAAUAACCAGGAAGCAAAACACUGGGGUUUCUGAAUAAAUGACAUUUUUAUAUUUUCUUUAUCGGUCAUUAAAAUGCAGUA